GAUUUUGAGGAGAGUAAAGGUCGAGGCUUCAGCAUUGUGUCUGACACUCCUGAGAUGCAAAGACUCAGACGGACUCAAGAGCAGAUCAGUACUGUAUGUGCACGCACAGCGAUGCCCACCACCUUCCUUUGUGUUGUUGUUUUUACAUGUCAGUGAAAUGUAAGAGCGAAAGUGAGGGGUGCGUUUUGGUCAGUGAGCAUGGUCACAUACUCACACAUGCACAAACAUGUACAUGAAAUGUUCAUGUCAUCAAGCUCCCCAGUGUUCGUGAUGUCUGCUGUUUGAAGAGGAGCAUCUUCUCCAGCGUAAGUGACCUGAACUUUCACUUUGUUUAUUAUUUGUGAUUAUGAAGCUCUAACAAACAACGAGGUUUGCAUAUGUAUCAUAACUUCACAAGAGCAAAGAGAACCUGGCCUUUAUUUGAAACAUUUAUAUUAGUCAUUUUCUGAUUUCCCUCUUGUCUUGCAGUGAAGCUCACUUCCUGCAAAUUUUUCAUAUUAAAAGUUUUAGAGCCUUCCAUUAAUUGGUACCAUUGUUUGAAUAGCAGCUUUUAUAUGAUAUACAGAUGAAACAGUUUGUAAGUUUGUGGAAUAGUCAGUUAAAGUUGUUGUGCAACUAUUUUGGUUAAUGAAAUGAUCAUCUUAAUUAGUUUAGUCUAAGCAAAAAUGUGAGAUAUAUGCAGCUUCUCAAACAGGGUGUCAUGUUUGUUGUACAUGGUAGUAAAAUGUCUGGGUUCUGGAUAGUUUGAAGGAGUUUUUUACUGUCACAUUAGAGACGCUGAAAAUAAUCAUUAGUUACAGCCUGAAAAUAAUAAUCUACAGUAAAGUAAAUAUAAUUACAUAUACAUGUAGCAGUGUUUUUCUUCUUCCAAGUUAAUUUGCUCUAUGAGAACACUUCUGUGGUUUAAUACAAUGAGCAGUUACAACCAACUAAUAUCUUCCUCUGUGAUGUACAGUAUGUCUGCAGUCAGCUUGAGUCAUUUGUAUCCAUGAAAGCUUGGUUAACAUUGUUUUUUGGUUUUGUUUUUCGCCUGUGAUGUGAGUGUGUGCACCCCAAUGUCUGCACACAUGUCCCGACGGCUCAGUGACCCUCAGCAUAGGAUGCCAAGAGGUGACUGAAAUGGAGGAAGAAGAGGCCCUAGUGGCUCCAGUGCUGGAUGGAGAGAAGUCAGAGGUCAUGACGAUGGAGGAAGAGAACGAAGAAUCUUUCAAGGAGACAGUGGUAACAACCUGGACGACCUCAACCACAGUUGUUGACACGACCAUGGGAGAGAUGGACGUAGAGGAGAAGGAGAAUGAAACUGACAGAAUAUCAGAAGAGGAAAAGAUGGAGGAGGAAAAUGAAGCAGAGGUGGAGGGUCAGAAAGAAGAACAAGAGGAGAGUGAAGGAAAAGUGUUGGGACCCUGGGAAUCAGAGGCCUCCUCUGAUGUAAAGCUUCCACUGCCAGACCCAGCAUUUAACAGGAAGUGCAGCCUGCUCGCCAGUGAUGUGACGUAUAAGGAGGACUUUGAGAAGAUGAAGGGUCAGAGUCUGUUUGUUCCUGGAGCUGAACUCAUCCACGCCAAGAACAUCAGCGCUGUGAUAUCUGAGUCUAAGUACAAAGAAGAGGGGAAGAGAGAGGCGUCGCUCUCUCUGUACUCAGUUCUGCGAGAGACUCCAGAGACGCAACACGCCCGAGAGGCUUCAGAGCUGCAGAGUGAGGUUAAAUACAAGGGAAAUGUGAAGACAGAGAUCUCCUCCUCGCUCUAUUCCCUUCUGCCAGAAACCACCGAGACGCAGUUUGUCAGAGAGCUGACUGAGAUGCUGAGCGAGAACAAGUACAAGGAGGAAGGCAAGAAGGAGCUGAGCAGCAGUUUGUACUCUCAGCUUCCUGAAACCGCCGAGAUGCAGCUGGCCAAGACUGUCCGCGAGUUCCAGAGCGAGAAAAAGUACAAAGAGGAGGGGAAGAGAGAGGCCUCCAUCUCCCUGUACUCCCAGCUCGCCGAUACUCCAGAAAUACAACAUGCUCUGGAGGUGUCACAGCUGCAGAGUGAGGUGAAUUAUCUUAAAGUCAAAGGAGCUUCCUCCUCUCUUUACUCCCAGCUCCCUGACACCACAGAGAUCCAGUUUGCCAGGGAGAUGACUGAGAUGCAGAGCGAGAAUAAGUACAAGGAGGGUGGCAGGAAGAGCCUCUCCCAGAGUUUCUACUCCCAACUCCCAGAGACCGCCGAGACUCAGUUUGCUAAAACUGUGGCUGAGCUGCAGAGUGAGACGCAAUACAAACAAGCCAGUAAGAAGGGCGUGAGCUCGUGUUUGUUCUCUCUUCUCCCGGAGACUUUAGAGACGGCUCACGUCAAGGAAGUGUCUGAGCUGGUCAGCGAGGUGAAGUAUAAAGAGGACGGUAAGAAGGAGAUGAGCAUCAACCUGUACUCUCUGCUGCCUGAGACCAUCGACACCCAGCAUGCUAAAGAGGUGUCACAGCUGCAGAGUGAGGUGAAGUAUAAAGAAGGUGUGAAGCAAAAGAAUCACAGCAGUUUGUAUCAUCAGCUCCCAGAGACCAUGGAGACACAGCUGGCCAAACGGCUGUCUGAGCUGCAGAGCCAGGCAAAGUAUCAGGAGGCUGGAAAGAAGGAAGUGAGUACCUGCCUGUACUCGGUUCUGCCUGAGACUCUGGAGACUCAACACGCUAAAGAGGCCACAGACCUACUCAGUGAGAUUAAGUACAAGGAGAGCGGGAAGAAGGAGACGUCCAGCUCUCACUACGCCACACUGCCUGACACUUCAGAAACCCGCUUUGCCAGAGAGAUGGCGGACAUGCUGAGUGAGACUAAGUACAAAGAGAACGGACUGAGGAGCCUCUCUCAGAGUAUCUACCACCAGCUACCAGAGACCACCGAUACGCAGUUUGCUAAAGCCAUCUCUGAGCUACAGAGCGAGAUGAAGUACAAAGAGGGAAAGAAGGGCGUGUCCCACUCUUUGUAUUCCACUCUUCCUGAGACUCUAGAGACUUUGCAUGCCAAAGAAGCUUCUGAACUGCAGAGCAAGCUGGAUAAUGGUCUGUUUCAGCUGAAGUACAGGGCGUCUCUGAAGAAAGGGCUUUCCUCCAGCCUGUUCCACCUGCUGCCUGAGACCUUCGAGACGACCCACGCUAAAGGAGCCUCUGAGCUGCUCAGCCAGGUGAAGUAUAAAGAGGACAGUAAGAAGGAGAUGAGCAUCAACCUGUACUCUCUGCUGCCUGAGACCAUCGACACCCAACAUGCUAAAGAGGUGUCACAGCUGCAGAGUGAGGUGAAGUAUAAAGAAGGUCUGAGGCAGAAGACUGAGAUCAGCUUGUACCAUCAGCUCCCAGAGACCCCAGAGACACAGCUGGCCAAACAGCUGUCUGAGCUGCAGAGCCAGACCAAGUACAAAGAGGCCGGUAAGAAAGAGGUGAACACAUGUCUGUACUCCCUGCUGCCUCACACCAUGGAGACACAGCACGCCAGAGAAGCUGCAGAGCUGUUCAGUGAGGUAAAGUACAAGGAGAGCGGGAAGAAGGAGAUGUCCAGCUCUCACUACGCCAAGCUGCCUGACACUUCAGAAACCCGCUUUGCCAGAGAGAUGACAGACAUGCUGAGUGAGACUAAGUACAAGGAGGGUGGGAGGAAAAGUCUCUCUCAGAGUUUUUACUCUCAGCUUCCAGAAACUGCUGAGACUCAGUUUGCUAAAACUGUUUUGGAGCUGCAGAGCGAGAUGAAGUACAAAGAAGCAGGAAGGAAGGGAGCGACCAGCUGCCUGUACUCAACUCUGCCUGAGACUCUGGAAAUGCAGCAUGCUAAAGAGGCUUCCCAGCUGCAGAGUCAGCUAAUAUACCAGCAGACUCUGAAGAAAGACAGAUCCAGUCUGUACCACCUGAUGCCAGAAACCAACGAGACUCAGUUUGCCAGACAGCAGACAGAGAUGCUCAGUGAGGUCAAGUACAAAGAAGACCGUAGGAGAGAGACGGGCAUUAACUUGUACUCUCUGCUUCCCGACACCAUCGACACCCAGCGCGCUAAAGAGCUGACAGAGAUACAGAGUGAGACUAAAUACAAAGAGGCCAGUAAGAAACAGACACCGGUGUCUCUGUACCACCAUCUGCCUGAAACACUGGAGACACAACACGCUAAAGAGGCUUCACAGCUACAGAGUCAGGUUUUGUACAGAGAGGCUGUUAAGAAGGAGUUGGCACAUCCUGUUUACCACCAGCUGCCCAACACCCUGGAGACCCAGCUCGCCCAGGAGCUCACAAACCUGCAGAGCCAAAUCAAGUACAAGGAGGAUGGGAUGAAGAGCCUGUCUAGGAGUCUCUACUCUCAGCUGCCUGAAACUACUAAGACUCAGUUUGAUAAAAGUGUUUCUGAGCUACAGUGCGAGACAAAGUAUAAGCAGUCAGGAAGGCAGAAGGCCGGCAGCUGUUUGUACUCUGUGAUGGCAGAAACCCUGGAGACUCAGCAUGCCAAGCAGGCCUCACAGAUACAGAGCCAGGUGAAGUAUAAGGAGGACAUGCACAAGGAUUUGUCAUCGAGUUUGUUCUCCACCCUUCCUCAAACGCUCCAGACUGAGUUGGCCAAGGAGGUGACUGAGCUCCAGAGCCAGGUGAAAUAUAAGGAGGGCUGUAAAAAGGAAGCGUCCUCCUCCCUCUACCACCUCCUCCCUGAGACGGCAGAGUUGCAGUUUGCCAAACACAUGUCAGAGAUCCAGAGCGAGACAAGGUACAAGAAGGACAAAGAAGAUCUACCCAACACAUUGUACUCUCUGCUGCCUGAGACUCUGCAGACUCAAUUUGUGAAAGAGAUGGCUGAGACGCAUAGCGAGGUGAAAUACAGGGCGGCAGUGAGGCAGCAGGCAGCAUCGUCUCUGUACUCCAGACUGCCCGAAACUCUGGAGACCAAACAUGCCAAGGAAGCAACUGAACUGCAGAGUAACAAAAAGUACAAAGAUGAAGGCAGAAAGGAGUUGAUGUCAUCUCUGUACUCUCAGCUGUCUGAAACCUCUGAGACCCAGUUCUCCCGCGAGCUGACUGAGAUACAGAGCGAGAACAAGUAUAAGGAAAGAGGGAAGAGGUGCCAGACUGUCAGUGUUUACUCCCAGCUCCCAGAGACCAAUGAAGUCCAGUUUGCCAAAGCCGUCUCUGGGAUACAAAGUGGGACCAAAUAUAAAGAGGCUGGGAAGAAAGACAUGUCCCGCUGUCUGUACUCAAAGCUGCCCAAGACUCUGGACAUGCUGCAUGCUAAAGAGGUUUCACAGCUGCAGAGUCAGGUGAAGUAUAAGCAGGACAGUCAGAAGGAGGCGAGUGGCUCUCUGUACCACCAGCUGCCUGAAACCACAGAGACACAGCUGGCUAAAGAGCUGAGGGACAUUUACAGUGAGGUGAAGUAUAAAGACAAGGGGAAGAAGGAGCUCAGUAAGAACUUGUACUCUCUCCUGCCUGAGACGGCAGAGACGCAGUUCGCCAAACUGAUGUCAGAGAUGCAGAGCGAGACAAGGUACAAGAAGGACAAAGAAGAUCUGCCCAACACGUUGUAUUCUCUGCUGCCUGAGACUCUGGAGACUCAGUUUGUGAAAGAGAUGGCUGAGACGCAUAGCGAGGUCAAGUACAAGGAGGUAGUAAAGAAGGAGGCCGGCAGUUCUCUGUACCACCAGCUGCCUGAGACUCUGGAGACGCAGCGUGUUAAAGAAGUGACUGAGCUGCAGAGCGAGAACAAGUAUAAGCAGAGUGGGAAGAAGUCGAUGUCUUCCAGUCUGUACGCUCAGCUGCCACAGACGACAGAGACGCAGCUCGCCGCCAAGAUGUCUGACCUGCAGAGCAAGAGUAAAUAUAAAGAGGACGGGAUCAAGACUGUCUCUCAUAGUCUCUACUCUCAGCUGCCAGAGACCAAUGAAGUCCAGUUUGCCAAAGCUGUUACCGAGCUGCAGAGUGAGGCCAAGUACAAGGAGGUAAGCAGGAAGAGGGCAACCACCUGUCUGUACCACCAGCUACCUGAAACUCUGGACACUCAACAUGCUAAAGGGGCAGCUGAGCUGCAGAGUCAGGUAAAGUACAGAAAGUCUAAGAAGGACCUGAUCACCAGCCUGUACUCUCUGCUGCCAGAGACAGAGGACAUGAAGUUGGCUAAAGCUGCCAUGGAGCUUCAGAGUGAGAAUAAAUACAAGCAGAAAAGCAGACAGGAGAUCAGCAGCAGUGUCUUCCACCAGAUGCCCGAGACCACAGAGAUCGAGUUUGUUAAGCAGGUCUCUGAAUUUCAGAGUGAGACCAAGUACAAAAAGGACAAAAAGGAUCUGCCCAACACGUUGUACUCUCUGCUGCCUGAGACUCUGGACACUCAGUUCGUUAAAGAGAUGGCUGAGAUGCACAGCAAGAGUAAAUACAAGGAGGCCGGUAAGAAGGAGCUGGUUAACAGCCUGUACUCUAAGCUGCCAGAGACUAAAGAAACUCAACACGCCAAGGAGCAGACUCAGCUCAGCAGUGAGAAAACGUACAGGGAAGCAGGGCGCAGGGAGGCCGGCUGCAGUCUGUACACCCACAUGCCCCAGACCAUCGACACUGUGUUCGCUAAAGAGCUGAGCAAGACACAGAGCAACAAGUUCUACAAGGAGAAGUAUAAUCGAGAGAAGGGGAGGUGCAGCUAUACCAACAUGAAGGUGCUGCCUGAAGUGGAGCACGCCAUGGAGGUCACCAAGAACCAGAGCGAUGUCAGCUACAGAAAAGGUAAAGAGGAGCUUCAUCACUACAAUGCGGUGCCAGACAGGCCCGACAUCGUCAGCGCCGCCGGUGCUGCUAAACUGGCCAGCGAUGUGGCCUAUAAGGGCAACACGAAGCAGCCAGUGUACAGUGACAGCUCCCUUUUGGACCGAACUGAUAUCCAGCAUGCCAGUGAGGUUUCAAAGCUGUCCAGCCAGGUGAAGUACAAGGAGAGUUUUGAUAGACAUCUGAAGGGGCAGAGGCCUUGUUACAACCCACUGGACUGUGUGUCCUUCAAACACACACAGGCUGCUGCUGCUCUGGCCAGUCAGGUGAAGUAUAAGACCAACCAGAACCAGAAACCAGAGGGGGCUUCAGACCUGCCAAACCUCCUGCAGCUGGAGCACUUCCUGCACGCCAGCAAGCUGCAGAGCAAUGUAGAGUAUAAGAAGAAGUAUAGCCAGACAAAGGCUCAUUACCACAUAGCUCUGGACACAGCUGAACAGUUCCACCACAAGGAGAUGGCACUGCUGCACAGCCAGGUGAAGUACAGAGAGGAGUAUGAAAAGAACAAGGGUCGUUCUCAAAUGGAGUUUGGAGACACUCAGAUGUACAAAGUGUCCAAAGAAGCACAGAAGAUGCAGAGUGAGAGGGAGUAUCGGAGAGACUAUGAGGAGCAGGUGAAGGGAAAAGUCUUGAUGGAUGUAGACCAGACACCUGGAUAUCUGACAGCAUGCUAUGCUAACAGUCUGCUGAGUGAGAAGGAGUACAGGAAGGACCUGGAGCAGGGAGUGAAGGGCCGGGGCUUAUCUGGUGUUGGACUGGAGGAAACACCUGAGCUGCUGAGGGUUAAAAAAGCUAAUCAGAUCCUGAACCAGAGGGAAUAUCGCAGGGACUUGGAGAGGGACAUUAUGGGAAAAGGCAUGGAGCUGAGCGCCGACGUCCUGGAGAUACAAAGAGUCAAGAGAGCGUCAGCGAUCCAAAGCCAGAGGUCCUACAUGCAGACGGAGCAGCUCAGAGAAAACUCCUACGGGACAGUUGCAGACACUCCCAACCUGCUGCACGCCUCCUACCUCAAAGACAUCUACAGUCAGAAGAAGUAUAAGGACGAGGCAGAGCGCCUGAAAGGACGCUACAGCCUGGUGUCAGAAACUCCAGAGAUGGAGAGAGUCAAAAACAACCAGAGACACAUCAGCUCUCUGCGUUACUGCCAGGACUCCAAGCUGAUGAGAGGCCUGAUGUCUUCAGUCACCGAGACGCCAGAGAUCAUCCUCGCCAGAGAGAACACCAGGAAGAUCAGUGACGUCCGAUACAGAGAGGAGGUGGGUAGUGGUACCGCCAUCAUGGACACACCUGAGAUGGAGCGAGUCAGACGGAACCAGGAGAACAUCAGCUCUGUCAAGUACAAGCAGAGUGCUGUGAAGGCCACCAGUGUUGGAAUGACUCCAGAACUGGAACGAGUCCGACAAAACCAGGAGAACAUCAGCUCGGUGAAGUACCAGCAUGGGCUACAGGAGAUGAGGGGGCGGAGCUGUACCGAGCUGGACACACCUGAAUACAGGCGCGUCAGGAAGACGCAGGACUUCGUUUCCAUGGUAGCAGCCUGAUUGCCAUGCCUCCCAUAUGGAUAUAGUGGGAGGAGCUAACUUGAGUGGCAUGGCACCACGGGUGGGACUGCAGUAACACCCAUCACCAGACAGCAUGGAAGACGGAGCAGUGUGUGUGCAUUUGUUGUAUGUGUGAGAGUGUCCCAGGUCUCGUAUGUUUGAUCCUCGCUGCUCAGUGAGGACUGAGAACAUCCCAAGAGUGUCAUGUCUGCUCUGAGGACCAAGGAGGAUGCUGGAGGGGUGACAUGAGCAAGGACACACGAGCAUCCUCUGUGGAAGUCUUUUAUGGACUGACACACCCUUUUGUCAGAAAUUAGUUGGUGAUUGGGUGCUUCAGAUGAAGGAUCAGAGGACAUCUGAUUUCUGAUAAGAUAUGCGUCAGUCCAUAGCAGCAGAGGAUGCUGCUUGGGUCCUCGGUGCUGGCUCCUGCAGCAGCCUCCUGAGAGCAGAAAAAAAGAGUCCUGGAACACUGUUGAUCCCUGCUUGAGCGGAAUGACUUCUAGAGUGAGGAUUGCUCAUAUCAGAGACUUGGGAUGUCCCCACAGUGUGUGUUUACUACACGUACCAUAUUAGAUCCCUGAGACCAGAACCUAACUCGUUCACACACUCUAGCCCACUUCAGUUGUGAGUUUUCUCUGACAUAUAUUAAACUCUACCAUCACUGGUUCUUGUUUUAUCUGCUCUGUUUUUUAGUCUGUUAAACUGUAUACAUGCAUAAACAGUAUAUUACAAUCUGUGUAAAGUAUUUAUACUAGAGUAUAUAUUUAUUUCAGUGUGUAUGUUGACCAUCUUGGGCACAAAUUUCCUGUGAAAAGAAGAGUGUGAUUAUUUUUUAUAUUGAUAUAUUUUAUAUUGAGAAGAAUCUGAGCCUGCUUCAUCACUAUGUACCGGCUUGGUCCAGUUUUCUUUUCAGUAAAGUUUUAGGUUUUCAGGCUGGUGAACGCCUCCAGCAUGUAAAUGUAAGAUUACAUGAGUGCAGGAUUGUGUGUACAGGUCUGUGUGUGUGUGUGUGUGUGUGUGUGUGUGUACAGGUCUGUGUGUGUGUGUGUGUGU